AUGACUUAGAGUUUUCAGUUUAUUGUUCAUGUUGAAAAAGAAAAUACAAAUUUGAAUGGUUUCCUUCAGCUGUUUACCAUUAAAACCAUUACAAAAUCCCUGGAUGUGGUGUGUUUUCGGCCUAUUUUAGUAGGAUUUAAUAUUGUUCUACUGGUUCCCAUCUGCAAGAUAACACACAUUAGACACCAUACAGUUUCCACAUAAACCAAUACCCACAUUAUUUCCAAUUAUAACCCAUAAAUCAAGAGUUGUAAAAUAAAUUUUCGGUUUAUUGAAUUGUGGCCUUUAUAAUAGACUAGCACGACUUUCCUUUGACCACCCCUUUCUCUAACUCCUUUCACAAAUAAUCCUUAAUCUCAUAAUCCGCAUUGGUGGUUGUUGUGAGGGCAGUUUGUCUUUCAGUGCGAGUUCAACAUGACAUCUUUAAUAAAGAGCGAGGAGGAGCGCGGAGACAAUUAUUAAAACGAAGGGGAUACGAAAAUCUACAACACAAGUGCGUGCUCGUGUGGUACGUUAUUUUGUACUUUCUUUUAUUUCUGAUUUGUCCUGUUCCCAGUUUAUUUUUCUGUCUCAUAAUAAAUUGAAUUCCCUCAAAAGCUGUAGGCCUGCUCCAAAGUGCAUCUUUAUGUCCAGCCUGCUAGUUGUUGCCAAGAUAUUGUAAAUUCAAUUGUAAGUGGUCGAUAAAUGCUAUUUAUUUGUGGUUGUGCUGUUACCGUGAUAAAACAGAAGAGGGCAGCAUUUAUUGCUAACCUGACCAGAAGUGGUGAUGUUUGUCUACUCUAUGCAUUUUACAUCGUUCUGCUUUCUUUCGUGAAUGGUAAUGCAGUCAGUGGAGGAUGAUGAAACUUCAGAUUGAUCUUCUGUCACAGCAGCGAAAUCACCGUCUCAGUAGGGCUGCUUGGCUGCAGUGUCGCUGGUUGGAGGUCAGUGAGCAGGAGCGCAGGGCUCAGCUUCAUAACCAAAAGCUGCUGCAGGAUUUUCAAAGAGCACAAGACACACUUGAUGAUAUGGUGGUCCGCACAGAAGCCAUGAACACUAUACGGGUUCAGUAUGAAAGGUAUCUGGAGGAGAACUACCCACGAUGGCAACAAAAGUUAAAAGACAUGCGAGUUUCUGACCAGUCCAAGCAAGUACAGAAACACCUUAGGAACCAUGCUCAGCAGAUGGAGGAAGACCAAGGUAUAAAGGCUCAACACAGGUCUGAAAGUACAGUUCACCCUCUCUCCUCUAAUUUUCCACAUCUAUCUCAGCUUCCAACUUGUCACACUUUGCCAAUGACUCAUCAGUCAGAUAAAGACACCAGGCAAAAUGCUGCAAGAUGCAGCCAAAAUGACCAUGCAUACCUUCCAUCCACAUGGUUAACUGGCCCACAGCCGGUAAUUUCAGGACUCCCUCAAAACAACAUCCUCAAAGAUUACAAAAACAUUCAUAACAUUCAAGCCCUGAGUCCUCAUUUGCCCCCCUGCUAUUCUUUACCUUUACCGCACUCUCCAGUCCAGCAAAAGUCAUCAUCCAUAAACCAUAUGUAUCAAAACCCAUUGGCUGAUAUAAGACAUACAGGUCAGUUCACUCCUACUGGUGCUUCCUGGCCACAACUUCCUGUAUUAAACCCCAUGGCAUGGGGAAUGAUGGAUGUGCCCUACCCAGGUGUGGAAAGAACCCAUUGCAGUGAAACAGGUCAGGAAAACACAACAAAAGAAAUGUUAAAACCAUCAGAGGAGAGUAACCAGAGAUUAAAACACAAGAGGAAGGGAAGAGAUCGUGAUCAGUCUUCCGAGCUGGACUGUAGACCAGUGCGUCUGUUAAUAGACGAUGAAGACAGUAGUGAUGGAAGUGCUGUUUCCUCCGAAGUUGUCGAAGUACCAGUUUUUAGGUUGAAGGAGAGGAGAAAGAAAAGAAGAGACAGGACAGAAUCACAGUCCACAGUGAAUGGGAGGAAAUCCCAGAGUUCAUCCACUGUGUCACAAGAUGCUUAUCCAAAGAAAAGUAAAAAACUUCAAAAACCGUCAACAGCAGAGGAGCAGGAUAACAGCAAGAAAGCCACGAUUACACACACUGAUACUAAUGUAGUGAAACAAAACAAAGAAGACGAUGAACAGGAAGAAAGUAGGAGCCAAGAAAUAACUCCACGUAUUGCUGGCUCGGACAAAUCUGAUGGAACAGAGCUCAACGAGAGGAACAGCGGAGAAGAAGAUACAGAUGAAGGAGAAAACAGUCAUGACCUCUUUGAAGAGAAGAAAAUAAGUGAGAGAAAAGGUAUUGAUGAAGGUGAUGAAGAGAAAGAAGGAGGCAGAGAUGAUGAAGAGGAAGAAGCAGAAUUGGAUGAUAAGGAGGGGAGUGAUGGGAACAGAGAUGAAACUGACCACAGUGAUGGAGAAGAGAGCGAAGGUGAAGAAGAUGUUACAGACAAUAUACCAGAUUCAGAUGGUGAAGAGGAAGCAGACAAACCAGAGAGAGAAAUUAAUAAGAACAGUUCACAAGAUGAACUUGUCAAAGAGGUCAGAGGAACUGGAGGAGGGACGUUCAAAAUUGCAAGAAAAGAUGCGAAUGAAAGUGAAGCGGAGAGUGACGACAAUGUUGAUAUUUCUGAGAGAAAGGUUACGAAUAACAGUCUUAAAGAGUUGUAUGGAGAUGACGAAACUGAUGAUGAUGAUGAGAUUGUGGUUGAGCAAGCAUACCCCUGGACAAAAGAUUGUUUAUAUGAACAAACGAAAUCAAAUGAUGAUGAUAAUGAAGAUAUUGAAGAUCUUCUUAACCCACAUGUCAACUCCCAAACACAACAGGAGGAUGCUGUGGAGACGGAUCAAUCAAAAGAUUUACUCUCGGAUUCAGAAGAUUUACCAAAGAAGUCUUUUCCAGCUGCCACAAAUAAGCCAGCGGAGUCUGACGAUGAGUUUGAUCACUUCUACGAUUAAACCACAAACUACAACACAAAAGGAGAACAACGUAAAACAACAUUGAAUGAAUGCAGCAGACAGACGCUGCAGUAAUUCUGUGCUUUCAGAAAAUGGGCAAGGUGCACAUGCUAAACAACAGCCGCCGAGAGACCAGAGAGGCACAAGGCCGAGCGAUGAAUAGAGGAAUCAAAUUACAAAGGGAUGAAAGAGGAAGAAAGGGAUAAAUAGAUGCUGGGUGUCCCUCAUCUCUUUUUUUUUUGUGUUAUUUGCUGGUAGCUUAUCUGACUGUCCUGAAAGAAUCGUACCACUGUCACUGUGCAAACACAGGUGGAUCGCCUCGCCUGAUGGACGCCGAGAUGAAGAGAGAAUAAUAGAGGAGAUUAAUAGAGAAGUGCAGGGGAUGACGUUAAAUGCACUGCUUAAUGUGAAUGGGACGUUAUAUAUUGAAGUUAUAUAUCGUAAAGCUGUAAUAGUGUCACUUGCAUUUAACAGAAAAAUGUUGAAUGCGUUUUCAUGUCUUGUGGGAAUCAAAGUUCGUCUUGAAUUCUUUGGCAUUCAUUUAAAUGUAGCAUGAGUUUGAAUGCUUUCUCAUUCAGAUAGGGAGCGUGGCCUAAAAGGAGGGGUUGAAUGGGGGGGGGGUUCAGGCAAAUAUGGGAAGCUAAGGGAAGGAGUACAGGGCUGUCACAGCCUCUGAGUGAUGGCUAUUUGAACAGGCAUAUUUACCCGAGCCCUUGUGAAAGGAGAUGGAGGGAGAGCAGCGUAGCCGUGCAGGCACAGACAGGCAAUAAAAAGCCGGCUACUGUGUAAACAACAUGGUCCGGUCUGUUCGCCUGCUGCCAUGCCAACAGGGCAGCUUCCACUCUCCAACCAAUCGCACUCAGGCUUUUUGACAAGCGGGACAAAAAAUCCAUCAGAUGUUUGACAGAUUGUUUAAUAAAAUAUUUCAUCUGUUGAAAUACUUUUGGGUAGUUUUUAAAAACUACAGCAAAAAUCAUUAUAAUGCAUAUGGCUUUUAUUAUGCAUACAUAUAUAUAAUUUUAACCUUAAAGAGAUUUCACCCAAUAAUAAAAAAGUCUGUCAUAAUUUAUUCACCUCAUGUAGUUCAAAACCUGUAUUUGAAUCUUCUGUGGAACAAAAAAGAAGAUUUUGUAGUGAAGUGGUUUUGUGUCCAUACAAUGGAAGUCAAUGUGGUCCAAUGUUACUUGGUUGGUUAACGUUCUUUAAAAUCUCUUCUUUUGUGUUCUGCAGAAGAAAGAAAGUCGACAUG